AUGCCCGACACGCCCGAACCCGAUGCCUCAAAUCUUGUGCAACCCCGUCCCAACAUGUUCCCUUCCUGCAAGGCCGAGUGUAUCCCAGCCGACGGAUUGACGACUGUCCCUGACGAUGUGCAUCUCGACACCUCGGGGGGAUGGAGCGAUGGCGCCCAGACUACCGCCAUGGAGCAGUUGGUGACGUUGAAGCAGGGGCUGAGAACUUCGGAUACCGAACUGUUUUGGAAAAGGUUGAUGGAGGAUAUCACAUCGAUCACAAAAUCCCAGUAUGGUUUUGUGGCCCGCCGGGUGCACGGCGAAGAUCCAAUGCCCGAACUCGGUGGCCGUCGACCAUCGCUGUUUGGGGCCGUGUUUUACUACAACGAUGGCUACCAAACCGUCGGCCUGCAGCGAAACCGCUAUUUCGCCGGCGGAAAUCCACUGUUGCACAUGGACCAUGAGCGGCCCUGCCUCAUCCCCGAAAACCUCAAGUCCCUGCUGUCGUUCGGUGAUGACCUCCUGCCCUUCGGUGCCGAAGCUUACCUGGCGAUUCCCCUCUUCUCGGCUGGCAAGUGCCUGGCGCACCUCGGGUUGAUGUGGAGCAAAGAAGGUCUGCUGAACCGAAAUAUGUCUUGGUCUUUUCUCGAGAUGAUCCUUCAUUCUUUGGAGGACUUGAUUGUUCAGCGACUGUUGCCCGGGGAAGCCCUGACAGCCCCCCUCAGCUGCGAGCCCCCCUCUACCAGCCCAUCGAUUGUUCCGAACACGCAAACCGUUCCCCUCGACGACCCCUCCGAUUUCACCUCCCAGCCGCUAAAACCGUACGCCCGCAGUCUAUCCCAUGAGUUGCGGACUCCGAUGCAAGGAGUAGUGGGCAUGCUCGAUGUCAUGCAUGCAACCGUGCGGGAAGCGAUGGAAAGCAAGACUCCGGUGAAAUCGGGUGGGGUCUUUCAGGCCCUCAAAGAAGGCAUUGAAAUGGUACAGGAUAGCGCAAGGCGAGCCGUCGAAGCGGCAGAUAACGUCGUUCACGCCUACGAUCUUAACAUGCAAGUCCCCAAAACACCGCAACGGGAACAAGAAAAUGAAAUUCUCGGAGACCCAAUACCAGACCCAAUUCCUCCGACUGAUGUUGCCGAACGUCGCCCGAGCGUUUUCAUCGAAGGAAACAAUAUCGCUGUGAAUCCAUACAAAAGACGACGAAGCCACCCACUGGAUGUCACUUCUGGCCCACGAAAGCAACGAGUACGCACAUCAUCGCGACAGGAGCUCUCGCCCCGCAGCGAAGAGGUCAAGAAUGCUGUUCACGAAAGUGACCAGAUUGUCCACGCCACUCCAGCUCGCCAAAUUGAAGCCGUUAUGGCCAACAUGGUGGAUCCUCGACCGUCCCUGGCUGUUCGACGGUCCGCUCCUCACCUUCUCCUGGAGGGCAUCAACAUGAAUCUCAGGGGAUCCGCUCUGCGGUUCACCAAGCUACGAGACCUUCUUCGCCUAGUGAUCAACGAGUCUCUUCAUGUCGGUGGCCGCCCAGAUUCGGCAGUCGGUAACGCGACCGAAUUUGGCGAGAGAAUUGAGAUUCGAUCGCGGUCCUCAAAUGGGGGAUUGUUUACCAAGACUGUCGAUUGGUCUGUUGACCCAGCGCUGCCUGAGUCUCUCCUUGCCGACGACCGGGACUUGGCUAAACUGAUUUCUUGCGUCUUUCUCAACGCCAUCAAAUUCACUAAUAACGGCACCAUCACCGUGUAUGCCACCAUCGACUCCAAGACCAACGAUGUCUUGAUCCUUGUUCGUGACACAGGCCCGGGAAUUCCAGCAGCCUUCCUACCAAAUCUUUUCAAACCCUUUGCCCGUGAGGAUGCUUCCACAACCAGAAGUAAAGAUGGCCUGGGGCUGGGUCUUCUGGUGGCCAAAGGCUUGUCCCGCAAGAUGGGAGGUGAUUUGGUCUGUGUGCAUUCAUCAACCUCGGGCCCGGGUCACGGAUCCGAGUUUCAGAUCCGAGUUCCCGUGAAUCAGCGCGAGCCCAAUAGUCGUCCCGGGACCCCAGGCGAGAGGACUUUGACCCCGCCCAGUAUCAACGACCCAUCUCGACAGGGCAGUGCGAGCAGCUUCAUAUUCGAACCCUCAACUUCUAUCUCCCCUUCCAUCCUCCCCCAGAACCACCAGUUGCAACAGCCGACACCAGGCCUCAGCGACGAGAACAGAUCUCAAAGCUCAACACCCCCACGACCUCUCGCACAAGCCCCGCCUAGCCGAACACCUAUUUCAAGAGACGCUUACGACAAGAAGCUCGGGGAGAAACACCCGCUGCGAUUCCUCGUUGCAGAAGACAACCGAAUCAAUCGGCGCGUGCUGGUCAAUAUGCUUCGCAAACUGGGCUACCGUGAUGUCCUCGAAGCUGCCGACGGCAAAGAGGCCGUCCAGAUUGUUCAUGGAAUUCUUUCCGCAUCGACGUCCUCCGAUGAGCCGGUUAUCGACCCCAACGCUACGAAAGAAACAAAUGACGUGACCGACCCACGGGGCUCUGUCACAAAGAUCAAACCAAUUGACGUCGUUCUCAUGGAUCUCUGGAUGCCCGAGAUGGAUGGAUAUGAGGCCACCGCUCGGAUCCUGCAGAUGGUUCACGACCACCGAGGUCAGCCCUCUGGCCCGGAGAGUGACUCGUAUCACCCGGAGCCUACUGACAGCCUUGAUUCAAUGGAGGUGGAUCCCACUCCAAACACCCUCUGUGCACCUCCGCAUCCUACUGUUUUGGCCGUCAGUGCGGAUGUCACCGACGAGGCACUAAGCCGCGCCUCCAAAGUGGGAAUUAAAGGCUACAUGACAAAGCCUUACAAGCUUUCUGAUCUGGAGCGAUUGAUCCUGGAAUUCUGCGGUGGACCCAAUGACCAGACUUUUGCAGCAGCAGCAUAA